AUUGUAGGGGAAGUCGGGGUUACUGAUGGAUUACAGCAACCCAUGCUGCAGCAACCACUGAUCAACUCAAUUUGAUAACAUCAAAGUUCUGUUAACUGUUAACAUUUCUCGUCAGACACAUCAAGCGAGAGUACAACAGCUGCAAGUGAAAUGUCUGCUCCAGCAAAGGGGGACCUCAGGGGCGCGGAGAGGGAAUUGUUACUGGUUAUUGCUGCAGGUAAUGUUCAGGAGGCUUCGCGACUGUUGGGUUGUAAAGAUGUGCGCGUCAACUGUUUGGAUGAAUAUGGAAUGACCCCCCUUAUGCAUGCUGCCUAUAAAGGCAAAGCAGACAUGUGUAAACUGCUUUUGCAGCAUGGAGCUGACGUCAACUGCAAUGAGCAUGAACAUGGUUAUACUGCCCUCAUGUUUGCUGGCCUCUCAGGUAAAACCGAUAUCACCUGGAUGAUGCUGGAUGCUGGGGCUGAGACAGAUGUGGUGAAUUCUGUGGGGAGGACAGCAGCGCAAAUGGCUGCUUUUGUUGGACAACAUGACUGUGUCACGGUCAUCAAUAACUUCUUUUCUCGUGCAAGACUGGAUUAUUACACCAAACCACAAGGUUUAGAGAAGGAGCCCAAGCUACCCCCAAAACUAGCUGGCCCCCUCCAUAAGAUCAUUAUGAGCACCAAUCUAAACCCUGUUAAGAUGGUGUUGCUGGUUCAAGAAAACCCUAUGCUUGCGGAGCCAGAAGCACUGGAGAAAUGCCGUCAUGUGAUGGAAUUGAUUUGUGAGAAGUGUGUGAAGCAGCAAGACAUGAAUGAGGUCCUAGCUAUGAAGAUGCACUACAUCAGCUGUGUGCUUCAGAAAUGUGCUGUCUUCAUGAAAGACCGUCAGGACAAGUUGGAUGGUCUCAUCAAGAGCCUUCUGAAAGGACGAGAUGGAGAUGGCUUUCCUCUCUAUCAGGAGAAGUUUAUACGUGAGUGCAUUCGAAAAUUCCCAUACUGUGAUGCCACUCUUCUACAGCAGCUGGUCAGAAGCAUUGCACCAGUUGAGAUUGGUAGCGACCCCACAGCAAUCUCUGUCCUCACACAGGCCAUUACAGGACAGGUGGGUUUUGUGGAUGCUGAGUUCUGCACUACUUGUGGAGAAAAAGGAGCCGAGAAACGCUGUUCAAUCUGCAAAAUGGUGAUCUACUGUGAUCAAGCUUGUCAGAAGUUGCAUUGGUUCACGCAUAAGAAGUUGUGUAGAAGAUUGCAGGAGCAGAGAGAGAGGCAUGAGAAUGAGUCUGCAAAACACUUUGAGACAACAGAGACAGUUGAUGAAACACAAACUGCCAAGGCAACACAGUCGGCUGAAGAGACCGCUACAGCAUUCAAGGACCUUUCUAUGGAGCCACCCCCACCAUCUGCCAGCUCUGCCUGAAUGACACACUCAUCUGUCCAACUACUUUUACUGCCCAUCCAAUAACAAAUCAUGCCUAUAUAUGUACAGUAUAUAAUAUUUAAGCUUUGGAGUAAGCCACAUGUUCUAGAUCAAUACACAGGGCCUUCUCUCCAUAAAAAAACAUUGUUUGUUUGUUUUUUGUUUGUUUUGUUUUUGUGAACUAGUAGAAUACAAACAUGUAAUGAAAUUAUUAUUUUUUAACUGUUGAGACAACAUUAAAUAAAUCCCCCUGGAUAUGCACCAUAUUUGGGAGCCUGCCCAGAGCCAUAAGUUGCCCAUGACAUGAUGUGUGUAUUUAAAAUAAAUGCUGUCUACAUGA